UGCUAAGGUGACUGAGCUGAAAAGUUAAAUGUUCUGCUCCAAAGUCAAAUCUAAACCUCUGAUCUUUUUCUUCUCUGUCCAUCAUAAACUUAGCAGUGUGAACCUUUAAUCAAAUAAAACCACACAGGUCCUUUUGGCAUUUGCCUUUUUGAAAAUUGUAUCUUGAAUUCACUGUCUCUAAUGAUUUUCUCGCCUGAAUCUUCUAACAGAAUUGAAACCAACACACAUGACUCUAGAUAUCCUAAUCCCAAAUUAUAGUAAUAUAUGUUAUAUACUUUUUAUCAGGUGUUUUACAGAAGGAUUGCAUGGUAUUAACAGAAAGGAUAGACACCGCAGAUAGAUCCUCAGCAUAUCCCAGGAACAACUGCAGAACUGUGGGAAGACAUCCAGUCCCUUCACAGCAUUGCUCAGAGAAAGUUGAGCAGUGAAACCAUCAUCUGGAGAUCAGUCAGGUCAGGGGAGCUUUGACAUAUCAUCAGAUCUGAAACUGGUCAGUGGUGUGGAGCCUUCCAUCAGAACCAACCUUUCUGAAGGUUCAGCUGUGGGUGGUCGUUCAGUGUGAGACCGGGAAGAAGUGUGAGUGGCUUUAAGUGUUCAAUCAUUCAUCGAGCCUCAUGAACCACUGAUUCAUUCCUACUGUUUAAGUGAAAGGAGAGUUCCUCAGGCUCAGAUCUCCAAACUCACAAAGUACAUCUGUUGCACAAUUGUUAAUACGAGGGCAGCUACAUGGAAUAUGAACCCUUCAAGUGUGAAAUGUGUGACAAAUCUUUUGAGGCCUCUUCAACUCUUCUGAGACAUCAACGAAAUCACACAGGGCAGAAACCCUUCAGAUGUGGCAUUUGCGAGAUGACUUUCACCCAAUCCUCUGAUCUCCUGACACACCAGAGAAUUCACACAGGGGAGAAACCAUUUAUUUGUGAAGUGUGUGACCAAUCAUUCUCCCGCUCAUCAACCCUCCGUGCACAUCAACGUGUCCACACAGGAGAGAGGCCAUUCACAUGUGAGGUGUGUGAUAAAUCAUUCUCGCACUCAUCAACUCUGCGCACACAUCAGCACAUUCACACAGGGCUGAAACCAUUCACUUGCGAGGUGUGUGAGCAGUCUUUCUCACGUUCAUCAACCCUUCGAACACAUCUACGUAUUCACACUGGGGAGAAACCAUUCACAUGCGAGGUGUGUGACAAAUCGUUUUCACACUUAUCAACUCUUCGGAUCCACCAGCGCGUUCAUACAGGGGAGAAACCAUUCGUGUGUGUGGUGUGUGACAAAUCAUUCUCACACUUAUCAACCCUCUGUACACACCAACGGAUUCACACAGGGGAGAAGCCAUUCACCUGCAAGGUAUGUGACAAAUCAUUCUCAGACUUAGCAGGCCUCCAUGUUCAUCAGCGGAUUCACACAGGAGAGAAAUCAUUCACGUGUGAAGUGUGUGAUAAAUCAUUCUCACAAUCAUCAAGCCUCCGCAGACAUCAACGCAUUCACACAAGGGAGAAGCUAUUCACAUCCAAUGUGUGCGACAAGUCAUUCUCAAGAUGCAGCAUCUUAGUGAAUCACCGGCGCAUUCACACUGGGGAGAAACCAUUCACUUGUGAUGUCUGUGGCAAAUCCUUCAGACAGUUAUCAAACCUUCGCAUACACCAACGCAUUUACACUGGAGAAAAACCAUUUGCGUGCAAGGUGUGUGACAAGUCUUUUACUCUAUUUUCAUCACUCCGAGUGCACCAGCGCAUUCAUACAGGGGAGAAACCAGUGAAGUGUGAGAUUUGUGACAAAACCUUUACACAGUUAUCGGGCCUGUUGGUCCAUCAGACAGUUCACACCGGGGAGAAACCCUUCAAAUGUGAAGUUUGUGAUAAAGCUUUUGUGACAUCUUCAAGCCUCCUGACGCACCAGAGGUUUCACACAGGGGAGAAACCCUUCAGGUGUGAGGUUUGUGAGAUGGGUUUCACCCAGUCCUCCGAUCUCCUGAUACACAAGAGGAUUCACACCGGAGAGAAACCUUUCAAGUGCGAGUUGUGUGACCGAGCCUUUACACGGUCGACAAUGCUUGUGGAACACCAACGUGUUCAUACGGGUGAGAAACCAUUCACGUGUGAGGUGUGUAAUAAAUCAUUCUCACAAUCAUCAAACCUUCGUGUACACCAACGCAUUCACACUGGGGAGAAACCUUUCACGUGUGAGGUGUGUGACCAGGGUUUUGCACAGUUCUGGCGUUUGGUGAAUCAUCGACGCAUUCACAGUGGGGAGAAACCGUUUACGUGUGCAGUGUGCUACAAGUCAUUCUCGCUAUUACAGAACCUCCGUGUGCAUCAACGUAUUCAUACUGGUGAAAAACCAUUCAUGUGUGAGGUGUGUGACAAAUCAUUCUCACAGUCAUCAUCCCUCCGUGCACACCAACGCACUCACACAGGGGAAAAACCGUUCACGUGCAAAGUGUGUGACAAAUCAUUCUCGCGCUCAUCACACUUUCGUGUACACCAACGCAUUCACACCGGGGAAAAGGAUUUCAAAUGUGAGGUGUGCAACAGAGCCUUCACAAACUCAUCGAGCCUUCUGGUCCAUCUGAGGAUUCAUGCAGGAGAGUAACCUGUAUAGUUCACUGUCUACAACAGAUAUCUCCUGAAGAUUUUGACUCCUGCUAAACAUCAGUGGAUGCAAUCAGAAGUGAAACAAAACUUUCACCCAAUCUUUUCUUGAAGCACCAGCACUUCUGAAGAAGAGUCACCCGAUUCCAAUCUGUUUCUGUCUCCACAGAUGCUGCCAGACUUGCUGAGUUUCUCCAGCGUUUUGUGUUUUGUUCUAGAUAUGCAGUAAACAAAACCAUUCAGAUGUCCAAUGUGUGACAUGGUUAUUGCACAGUCUGUAUAUCUCCUACAUCAUCAAUGUAUUCACAUGGGUGAGGAACUCUGUAGGGGAGAGUCCUGGGAUAAUACCAUAGCUGAAGGACCUCCUGAAACAUCAAUGAACUCACAUGGGAGGCAGAUCUUUCAGUGUGACAUGUGUCAGGAUUGUUUCACCUCCUCCUCCUCACUCACCAGGCACCAACAUCACCAAAUUGACCUGGAGCCAGGUUACCUGCUUCUGUUGCACUUAGAGCUGUCUGUGUUGUUUACCCUCCACAGCUUGCACAGGGGGACCUGUUGAUCCAAAGCACUGUCUGUCUCAGCAGAGUCUGUCUCAAACCUCUCCCACCAUCAUUCCCAUUGUUUCAAGAAGGUCAAUUAUAGAAGCUUCUGUAUAAACUCUGCAUCCUUUCAGUGCUGGAUCAGGUGCAAGUCUGUCAUGGACUCACACUCUGACCAAGAGGACAAUCAGAUACUCAGUAGUUUGAAAGGCUUCAGCUUCUGAUUGACCAGCACAAGGAUCCUGGGGAGUAGCCCUUGAUUUAGAUGUCCAAGAAAAUUCAUCCCAACUCUGCAAUUGCUUCGUGGCGAUAUGACUGUAACUGUCGUGAGUGGGAGAUCUGAAACAGAACACUUCAAAUUCCAGACUGAUGUCAAGCAAGGUUGUGUGAUCAUGCCCCAUUCUAUUCACAAUCUGCCUGACAGUAAAUAUUCAAAGAUCAGUUGCCUUCUGGUGUCAGUGUUAUACACUGUCUCGAUGGAAAACUUAUUUACCUCAGUCCCCUUCAUGCCAAAACUAAGCUGACCAUCAUAGAUUCACAUGAUCUCCAGUUUACAGAACACCACAGUGUGACUGUCCAUCAGCAUUCCCUCUAAUUUUCAUAUUGGCUGUGCUAGUUUCUGAGGUCCAUGUGCAGCAGAAGUUAGUGUAGCGAUUGGCAUUGUUGAUGUUGAUUGUCAUGCGCAGGAUGUCAGAGAUGGAGCAGCUGAAAGGGAAUAGAGUUGUUCACUCUGCAAAAGAUUUUUAAUCUAUUCUCAGUCUCUUUGACUCUUCAUAAUAGAAACUUAGCCUGUCCUGGAAUGUUGCCAAAACAAAACUUGUGUCAGCCCACAUCUGGUCGAUCAAAUAUUUCAUUUCCCAUCUGUUUUGAAGGACUCUGGAAUCUGUUAAAUGCUUCUCGGACCUCAGCAAACACCUCUCUCACUGACAGAGAAAUCUAGCACCCAUCAGCUAUCUUAGUUCAGCCUCCUACAAACAACAACAUCAAAGGUUUGACUGCAGAAGAUCAAUUAAAGGACUCACCACCAUCUUCACGGAACAAAUAGGGAGAAGCAGAAAAUAUUGCCUUGUCGUCAAUGCUCACGUCCUUCGAAAAAACUUUUUUAAAAAAACCUCUGCAAGUAAACAAAAUGCCAACAAACUGCUGCCACCGUGCUCCAGCACAGCAGUGAGAUUGGGACUGUGUGUCAGUGACACAUAAGAGCACAGUGAAAAUCCAUCAGCAAAGGAGGCGUACAGAAAUCUUGGUGGGAGAUGGAGUUACAUGUGACAGAAACAAUUCAUUUUGGAGAAUGAGAAUUUUAAAGUGGAAGGACUGGGAGCCUGUGCAGGUCAUUGAGUACAAGGGUAAUAGGUGUGGGAGUUAGGAUAGAGAGUGCAGAGUUUCGCUGAGCUGAGGUUUAGGAGGUUGAAGACUAAUGUGGGUGGGGAGUGUUGGAAAUGAGGGACAUUCCUAAGGGGAAAGUGGGUGAUCUUUGUGAUGCAGAGGUAUGGGGUCAGGAACUCAGCUAUAGAUUAAAGAGGAUGACAUUGACCAGUUGUAGGUGGAGAUGAGAGGGGAGACAGCAAACGGGAGGAAAUUAUGGAAUCUAGAAACUAAAGUCCACCUGUUGAGCCCUUUACACCAUUCAGUUAGAUCAUGGCUGAUGCAUUAUCUUCACUCUGUCCACUUGCUUUGUCUCUGUAACCCUUAAUCCCCUUUCCUAACAAUAAAUUUAUCAAUCUCAGAUUUGAAGUCUUUAACUAACCUUCAACUUCAACAGAUUUUUGUGGGGAGAGUUCAAGAUUUCCAGAAUCCUUUUUGUGAAGAAGUGUUU